UGGGUGGCCGCCGCCGUGCUGCUCUUCUGCUCGCAGGCGAUGCAAGCGGGCGGCGCCACAAACGCCUCGGCGCCACUCCCACUCAAGAAGCCCGGCUACGUGGUGUGGAGCCCCAGCUGCAAGAUCCCUUACGUGGACCCGUACAACGAGUCUCUCCGCGAGUUCCUGAAGCCGGUCAAACCCAUCGUGUGCAGUGAUCGGAAGCCGCUCACCGUCGUGACGUCGCUGGCCCAAGGUCACGUGCUGCGCGUGGACGAGGCUGUCAAGCCACAGUACGUGCCUCAAGGCUACAUGCUCUGGUGCUGGUACUGCAGCGUCGGCGACCGGCGUCGGCGACCCCCCCAUCGACCGGGCCAGGCGGACAGCUUCAAUGAAUAUUCUUUACCACACAGAAAUGCAUUAAGAUUUAUAAUUAAAUUAAUAAAUUUGUUACAGAUCAACAAUUAG